AUGUCGCGGGGCCCCGAGGAGGUGAGCCGGCUCACCGAGAACACCUACCGGGUAAGCGGAGCCCCUGAGACAGGGGCACCGGGUUCGAGGCCGGGAGGCUCAGGGGCGGAGGCGGCCCGGGCGGGGAGACCCUCUGCGGGCUCCCUCCAGGAGUGGAAGAUCGGGGGGCCUCGGGGGGUACCGUCCCCACCCUGGGGAGCUGGGGUCUGUGCCCGGGCGCCCCUUCCUCCGGCUGCCCCUCGGGAGAGCGAUGGCCCAGCCGGCGGGCAGACGGGCUCGCGUUCCCUUGAGCCAGUGCGUCCCGCGGCCGGAGGGACCCCCGGGGUCAGGAGGGACCCCCGGGCCGGAGUGACCCUGCGGCCGGAGGGACGUCCCCGGGGUCAGAAGGGACCCCGCGGCCGGAGGGGCGCCCCGGGGGUCCGGAGGGACCCCAGCAGCCGGCGGGGCCCCCGCAGCCGGAGGGGCCCCGCGGCCAGAGGGACGUCCCCGGGGUCAGAAGGGACUCCGCGGCCGGAGGGGCCCCCGGGGUCGGGAGGGCCGGGUGCGCGCCGGGCUGGGGCGGGGACGUCCAGGGCCGUGACCGCGGGAGGUUCCCGAGUCCGAGGCGCGGAGAACCGUCCACCUCGCUCGGCUUCAGGAAUGCGCGACCCGCAGCCUUGGAGUUUGCAUUUCGUACUGGAGAUUUUUCCAGACACAGGGAUUUAG